UAAUUACUAGGAAACCCGCUUUAUUUAUUUGUGUGUUGUAGCUGUCGAAUAAUGUGUUUGUGCCGUUUUCCGUCAGCGCUGCUGCUUGUUUCAUCCGGACACUUUUCACUGUGACGCAGAUCCGUAAUGGCGCCAGCGCUCGGAAUGCUGCGACAGGUGUGCGGGUCUCUGUCUCGCUCUCGUGCCGCGGUGCGGCUCCUGUGUUCACGUGCAGCGGCAGCAGAAGCUCAUCAUGACGCGAUCAGACCUGCGUUUCCGCCGCUGCAGAGCUUCUCCGAGGAGGAGAGCAUGAUGAGAGACGCGGUCAAGAAGUUCGCCCAGGAGCGCAUCGCCCCGUUCGUCUCCAAGAUGGAUGAGGAUUCGGUGAUGGAUGCGGACGUGAUCAGCGCUCUGUUCGAGCAGGGUCUGAUGGGGAUCGAGAUCGGAGCCGAGUACGGAGGCACGGGCUCCUCCUUCUUCUCCUCCGUCCUGGUGAUCGAGGAGCUGGCGAAGGUGGACCCGUCCGUGUCGGUGCUGUGCGACAUUCAGAACACGCUCAUCAACACGCUGCUGACGAACCUGGGGACGGACGAGCAGAAGCAGCGGUAUCUGCCGCGUCUGGCCAGCGACACGGUCGGCAGCUUCUGUCUGUCGGAGUCGGAGUCGGGCAGCGACGCGUUCUCUCUGAGGACUAAAGCAGAGAAACACAAAGAUUAUUACACUAUCAAUGGCUCCAAGAUGUGGAUCAGUAACGCAGAACACGCUGGAGUGUUUCUGGUGAUGGCAAACGCGGAGCCGACCGCGGGUUACAGAGGCAUCACCUGCUUCAUCGUGGACAGAGACACGGACGGGCUUCAUAUCGGCAAGAAGGAGAAUAAGCUGGGUCUGAGAGCUUCAUCCACGUGUCCUCUGACAUUCGACAACAUGAAGGUUCACGAGAAGAACAUUUUGGGGAAAGUCGGUCACGGUUAUAAAUACGCCAUCGGGAUGCUGAACGGCGGUCGGAUCGGGAUCGCAGCACAGAUGUUGGGUUUGGCUCAAGGCUGUUUCGAUCAAACGAUUCCCUACACCAGACAGAGGAUUCAGUUCGGCAAACGCAUCUUUGAUUUCCAGGGCAUGCAGCACCAGAUCGCUCACGUGGCCACGCAGCUGGAAGCGGCUCGUCUGCUGACCUACAACGCGGCGCGGCUGAAGGAGGCCGGACGGCCCUUCGUUAAAGAGGCCUGCAUGGCCAAAUACUUCGCCGCUGAGGUUGCGACUCUGACCACGUCGAAGUGCAUCGAGUGGAUGGGCGGCGUGGGCUUCACUAAAGACUAUCCCAUCGAGAAAUACUACAGAGACUGCAAGAUAGGAACCAUUUAUGAGGGAACCAGCAACAUCCAGCUGAGCACCAUGGCCAAGAUGAUCGACCAGGAAUAUGACGCAUGAGCCGUCCGUGCGUGAAGUACACUAGACGAGCUAAUCGAGCUAUCAGUAAUAUAUAAGCUGUAGUUUGUCUUCCGUGUGUGAAACUGAUGUUCUCUCUCAGAUCUUCAUGAAUCUCCGCUCUCGUCUGAGAUUCACACAGCAGUAAUGUAGUAAGAGCUUGUGUUGUGUCCCUAACUGAACUGUUUAACACUUAAUGAAUCAUUUCCUGUUUCUCUAGUUAUUUAUUUAAGACUGAAAUUAUAUCACAGCAUGAGAGUCAAAGUCUUUUGAGACUAGUCUUUUCUUCAGGCUGAGGUGGAAGCUUUUUGCCACAAUGAUAAAUGAAUCAUUUUUAAGAACAAACUAUUGUUAGACUUGGUUACAGUUACUGAUUGAGCCGGUGCCUUAUUGAUCAUUGAUGGCUGUUGAUUUGUGUUUGUGAACCUGAUGAAUAAACAUCCUGAACUCA